AUGCUGCCCCGUUGCCGUGUCGUCAUCCGCAUCGCUUCUGGCUGCCGCAGCUUCCAGCGCUCCGUCGGCCUCGUGGGGCUGCCCAACGUCGGCAAGUCGACGCUCUUCAAUGCGCUGACCAGGACCGAAGUGGCGCAAGCGGCCAACUACCCGUUCUGUACCAUUGACCCCAACGCCGCGCGCGUAGCGGUGCCGGACAGUCGCGUUCGCCACUUGGCAGACGUCGAGCGGUCCAAGCGGAUCGUUGAGACGCAGCUCGAGUUUGUCGACAUUGCGGGUCUCGUGCGCGGAGCGUCGAGAGGCGAAGGACUCGGCAACAAGUUCCUCGACCACAUUCGGCAGGUGGCAGUGCUCGCCCACGUGGUGCGCUGCUUCGAGGACAGUGACAUUCUCCACGUCGACGAGUGCGUCGACCCGAUCCGCGAUCUUGAGACCAUUCGCACGGAACUGAUCCUCGCCGACUUGCAGACAGUGGAGAAGCGCCUGAUGAGUGUCGGCAAGAAGACAAAAUCGACCGACCCGACGAUGCCGUCGCUGCUGGCGGUGCUCCAGCGUCUGCAGCCGCACUUGGAAGACGGGAACCUCGCGAGCGCUGUGACGUUUGACAAGCUCGACGAGCAAGUGCAGUUCGAGCGCCUCGAGCUGCUCACGGCCAAGAAGGUCCUCUACCUGUGCAACGUGUCGGAAGAGGACGCAGCGACGGGCAACGACAUGACGCACGCUGUGCGCACUCGGGUCGAAGCCGAAGGGAGCGCGUGCUUGACAGUGUCGGGAUCGCUGGAAGAAGCCGCGGCGUCGUUCGAGGACGACGAGAGUCAGCUCGAGUACCUCCACGAGAGCGGCUUGAGCGAGACAGGAUUGACUCAGGUCAUUCGCGCGAGUCAGGAGCUGCUCGAGCUGCAGACGUACUACACUGUGGGGGCGAAGGAAGCGCGUGCGUGGAACGUCCGCGCAGGUUCGACUGCAGCCGUUGCGGCCGGUGUGAUCCACUCGGACUUUGAAAAGCUCCUCAUUCGCGCAGAGACCGUGAGCUACGAGGCCUUUGUCCAGGCGGGCAGCAUGCGCGCAGCCAAAGAGCAGGGCCUCCUGCGGUCCGAAGGCAAAGACUAUGUCUGUCAGGACGGCGACAUCUUCAACUUCCUCGUGGGGAAGUAG